AUGUCCGCUUCACACCGGGUGUACUGUUUCUGUAAGGACGAUAACUCCUCCACUUUGGUUGAUUCCAUUCUACGCCAGGUGUCGAUCGAGCUCAAGAGUUCUCUUGUCUUACUCGGCUGCAGCCCAGGUAUCACUGAUGAAUUAAUUAGAAUGAAUGGAUCGUUUGUCCGACGUCUUGUAGAAGAUACCUGCAUGCUCAUGUUACCAAGGGAAAACUACAGAGAGAUUGCGAUUCCUGAUGGCUUUCAAACAACAUGUUUGAGAGAGGAAAACGUGGACUUAGUCAUCAGGAAUUUGCCGUUUGCAGAAACAAAAGAAUACAUUGAACAAAUUAUUAACACAUUACCAAGCGCGUGUGUUCUCGAUAAAGAUGGCAAACCAGUAGCCUGGAUACUACAGCAUGAGUAUGGUUGUGUUGGAUUGUUGCAUGUGAUGCCAGAAUAUAGAAGAUUAAAACUUGGAACCACUGUUUCAAUGCUUCUAAUCGAAAAAUUUUUUGAGAAUGGCGAUGACGUCUAUUCUUGGGUAGAUAAAAGAAAUCAUUCGGCACUGGCUUUUAACUUGAACAAUGGAUUUGUUCGUUUGCCAGAUUUUACUGUAACUUGUUCAGAAUAUAUGUACAGAAGUCCCAUUGAAAACUCAUAGAAUUUAGAAAUAAAAGAAACUGUGAUCUUAUACACACCGGACACAUAUAUAUUUUUGAAACGAAUUUUAUGCUUAACUCUUUGCCUCUUUAUUAUAUAU